AUGACGUUCUUGCAGACCGUGGACGAUAAGCCCGGCCUCUGCGCCCAAGGCAGAGUACGGGCGGCCCACAUCCCCAAGGUAUUCGGGAAGGGUAGAACCGCGCUUGACACCUACAACUCUCCCAACAUCAUAUAUGCAAUGAAGCAGAAGAAAAUCACUUCCAGCAGGCGGCCGUUUGACACCCUCGUGCCACUGGCUGUUGAGUUGGGAAUGGACCCUGUCAUGGGCGGGCGCACAGGGGAUCACGGAGAAAAUGAUCUUCAUGACAACAUCUUGAAGCAUGCCGAGGACUCCUACGUGGGCAAGACAAUCCUUAUGUGCUGGGAGCACAAGGCCAUCCCCAAAAUUGUGCAUGAAAUAGGCCUGACCGAUGAAGAGCUAACCUGGGGGCUUGACCCCUUCUCAGGAGUGGAUGAAAGAGCCAACUUUACAGCCAUCUGGGUGUUCACGCCUGCGCUGGCGAAUGACCCUGAGCAGUACUUCAAGGUCUACAAGAUGUUUGACAUGGUGCCGAAUCACUGCAAUGCUGAGGGGAAGUGCCCGCCUGAUGAUGAUUGUAUUGUGGCGAAUGCUCUCUACGUACCUGAGCCUCCCAAUGGGCCAUACAAAACCCGCGUACUGUAG